GCAAACUCGCUCCAGGCUGCGGCGAGCUGCUGCUGCGUUUCCGCGACGCUCAGUGAGAGGAGGAGUGUGUGUGAGAGAGAGAGAGACCGAGAUGGACGAGGAGUAAUAUUCCAUUCAGUAACGUGUAUUAUUACAUUUGUACAAUGUGUGUUGCUGUGUAUUAACUUCGGCAUGGACGACAUGGAGGACGGCUUAAUAACAACAACACUGCCUGACAUGCGAGACGCAGCUCCGGCCAAACUAUAGGACAGUGGCCGCAUCUCCCUUCUGUUUAUUCCGCGAUUCGUCUCAAAUCUGCGUCUCUUAAUGGAGGAAGCAUGAAGAAGUUUAAUAUCAGAAAGGUGUUGGACGGCUUGACUGCGGCUUCCUCAUCCUCUUCCUCAUCCGCAUCUACUCAGCCGGUUAACAGGGAAAACGAUAUAAUUCAGGAGACUCUACAGUCCGAGCAUUUCCAGCUCUGCAAGACAUUGCGACAUGGCUUUCCUUACCAACCCUCAGCCAUGGCUUUUGACCCUGUGCAAAAAAUACUGGCAGUUGGGACACAGACUGGAGCAUUAAGACUCUUUGGCCGCGCAGGUGUAGAGUGUUACUGCCAGCAUGAGAGCGGCUCGGCUGUCAUCCAGCUGCAGUUUCUCAUCAAUGAGGGGGCGCUGGUGAGCGGUUUGGCUGAUGACAGCGUUCAUUUAUGGAAUCUGAGGCAAAAAAUUCCAGCCAUUCUCCAUUCCCUCAAAUUCACCAGGGAGAGGAUCACGUUUUGCCACCUGCCUUUCCAGAGUAAAUGGCUUUACAUCGGAACAGAAAGAGGGAACAUUCAUAUUGUCAAUGUGGAGUCCUUCACUCUCUCAGGCUAUGUCAUUAUGUGGAACAAAGCCAUUGAACUCUCUUCAAAAACACACCCUGGUCCUGUGGUACAUAUCAGUGAUAAUCCUAUGGAUGAGGGAAAGCUUUUGAUUGGAUUUGAGUGUGGUAUUGUUGUGCUGUGGGACUUGAAAUCAAAGAAAGCUGACUACCGCUACAGCUAUGAUGAGGCGAUCCACUCAGUGGCCUGGCACCAUGAGGGGAAACAGUUUGUGUGCAGUCAUUCAGAUGGUACACUUACCACAUGGAAUAUACGCUCUCCUGCCAAGCCGGCACAGAUCAUUACACCACAUGGCAAGCAGCCUAAGGAUGGAAAAAAGCCAGAGCCAUGCAAACCCAUUCUGAAAGUGGAAUACAAAACAACCAGAACUGGGGAUCCUUUUAUGAUACUGUCUGGAGGUCUUUCAUAUGAUACAGUUGGACGCAGGGCCUGCCUGACUGUAAUGCAUGGAAAAAGCACUGCUGUACUAGAGAUGGACUAUCCCAUUGUGGAUUUCCUAACUCUGUGUGAAACUCCCUAUCCGAAUGAUUAUCAAGAGCCUUAUGCUGUGGUGGUCCUGCUGGAGAAGGAUCUAGUAGUUAUUGACCUCACACAAACUGGGUAUCCUAUCUUUGAAAACCCAUAUCCUCUGACCAUCCACGAGUCUCCAGUGACCUGCUGUGAAUACUUUGCUGACUGUCCUGAUGAACUAAUUCCUGCUCUUUACUCUGUGGGAUCCAGGCAAAAGAGACAGGGCUACAGCAAAAAGGAAUGGCCUAUAAGUGGUGGUAAUUGGGGCCAGGGCACACAAAGCUAUCCAGAGAUCAUAAUCACAGGACACGCUGAUGGAUCAGUCAAAUUUUGGGAUGCCUCUGCAUUAAUGCUGCAGGUGUUGUACAAGCUGAAAACAGCCAAGGUGUUUGAAAAAGCUCGCAACAAGGAGGAGAAGCCCAGCACAGACAUAGUGGAUGAAGACCCUUUCGCUAUCCAGAGUUUGUCCUGGUGUCCAGAGAGUCGCAUGCUGUGUGUGGCUGGGGUGUCUGCUCACGUCAUUGUUUACCGGUUCAGCAAACAGGAAAUAACCACAGAGGAGGUUCAGCUGUUGGAGGUGCGGAUGCAGUGUGAGCUGAAUGACGUAGACACUCCGGACGGUGGAGGGGACCACGCAUCGGCUGUAUCCACACCAGGAGCUUCAUCCAGCCCUCAGUUCAGUGCACCCCAAACACAACUAUCCACCAGCAGCAACAAUUCCACUGACGGCCUGCGUGAUAACGUGCCCUGCCUCAAGGUGAGGAACAGUCCGCUCAAGCAGUCUUCAGGCUACCAGGUGGAACUGGUCAUUCAGCUAGUGUGGGUCAGUGGGGAGCCACCACAACAGAUCACCAGCCUGGCUGUCAACUCUGCCUAUGGCCUAGUGGUUUUUGGUAAUGGGAACGGCCUGGUGGUGGUGGAUUAUCUUCAGAAGACUCUGCUGCUCAAUGUGAGCACAGCAGAACUGUACGGCUCCUCUGAUCCCCACCAGAGACAGCCACGCUCACCCCGCAAAGCCAGACAGCCCUCUGGAGGUUUCUGUGAUGGCCAUGAUGCUUCUACUGCCUUAGAAGAUCGGUGCAAAUCUCCUACAUCAGGCUUAGGAUCUGACUCCCCCUGCCAUUCUGAUGAUGACAGCAAACAGAAUUUCUUUGAAAGGGUGAAGUUGAAAAGCAGACUGUUAUCAAAGAGUGUUGCCAAUGACUUUGCUAAGAUGUCAUGGAAAUUUAGCUUGGCUGCUGAUCAGAAACAAGAUGCGACUAUACAGCGGCAGUGCUCUCUCCCUAAUAAGAAACGUGUGUGUAAUGAAAUGGAGGAAGUGUCCAGAAGAAAAGCAACAUCUAUUCACAGGACUCACUCUGUGCCUGAUUCCAAUGCCAAGGACAACUCCUUUAGCCGCUCACGCAGCUCCAGCGUGGCCAGUAUUGAAAAAGAGUCACGUGAGGUCAUCUCUUCAUUGCAUUUUUGCGACUCCAUGUCCAGGAAGAGUGAUGUGGCAGCAUCCCCCAGCCUUUGGGUGGGCACCUCUGUGGGCACAAUGCUGGCUAUCACCUUCAGUGUGCCCGCCACACCUGAGCAGAGGCUGCAACAAACAGUAGGCGUCUCUUUCUGUGGUUCAGUAAUUCGUUUGAAAGGAGGCAUUUUGCACAUGGCAUUAAUGGACUCAAGUGGCUCUCUACAGCCUCCUGCCUCUGAGUGCUGGUAUGACCUCAAUGCCCCUGAGGAGGAGAGGGAAAAGACGCGGCGGCGCCGGCCUGCCUCACCCCCUUCUUUACUGGAGAACCAAGACACCCACUACGCUGUGGUCUGUUCUGAGAAACAGGCCAAAGUAGUGGCCCUGACCUCACAGAACUGCGUCUUUGAACACAACAUCACUGAGACCUCGUACGUGCUGAGGGCCGACGUUGUGGUCAUGCCUGCUGGAAUCUGCAUCGCCUGCUUCUGUGCCAAUGGGCAUAUCAUGACUCUGAGUUUGCCCAGUCUGCGGCCACUAUUAGAUGUGAACUAUUUGCCUCUGACGGACAUGCGAAUAGCCCGAACGUUCUGCUUCUCCAACCUGGGCCAGGCUCUGUAUCUCACCUCACCUACAGAGAUCCAGAGAAUCACCUACAGUCAGGAAACCUGCGACAACUUACAGGAAAUGCUGGGAGAGCUGUUCACUCCAGUCGAGACACCAGAGGCUCCUAACAAAGGCUUUUUUAAAGGUCUUUUUGGAGGUGGGGCCCAAUCCCUGGAUAGAGAGGAUCUCUUUGGAGAAUUGACAGCAGGGAAGGCCUCACGCAGCCUUGCCCAGCAUAUUCCAGGGCCAGGUGGCAUGGAGGGCAUGAAAGGGGCAGCUUCAGGAGUGGUGGGUGAGCUGGCACGGGCCCGGAUAGCGCUAGAUGAGAGAGGACAGAAGCUCGGUGAGCUGGAGGAAAGGACGGCAGCCAUGAUGAGCAGCGCAGACUCAUUUUCGAAGCAUGCACACGAUGUGAUGUUGAAGUACAAGGAUAAGAAGUGGUAUCAGCUCUGAUGGCCAUGUGGAGUGUCAGGGGGUCCUUUGUCUUGCGGCUGCACUUCCAUCUUGUCCCUCUCUUCCUCCUCUUCCAUUCUCUCACAAAAGUAAAGGUCGUGUCUGCCAUUCUCAAAGUCAACACCACAUUGUGUAUGACACAGGUUGAGCUGUGGGGCUGAACAGAGAAUGAGAAUGGAAGAAGCAGGAAGGGGGAAAAGAAUGCCAGCAAAAAAAAAAAAAAAAAAAAAAAACUUUCCUUUCUCUAGAUGGAACUCUUUCCUGUCACAAAGAUACUCCUUUCUGUUACAGGAUAGGGGGCUCAUCAUGGGCUCUGGCCAGUGUAACUUGCUCUCAUUAUCAUCAUCUGUGCUGUCAUUUUGUCACUGCCAUUCUACUCAUAAAAAAAACAAAAAAAAAAAAAACAAAAAAAAAAAACAGAAAAACGUUUGUGGUUAUUUCUAUAAAAGAAUGGGCAGAGAGUAGCUGAACACUGAGCACAGUAAAUGUUAUGCCCAUAGCAUUGCCUGGUGUAAUGCCUUCUGAUGAUGUGGCUCUAAAUUAAUAGCAUGUCUAGUUACUUAGAAACCUAGCAUUUUACUACUUUUUGUUUCUUUUCUUUUCACAUGGACUAAAGGCUAGGUGUGUGAUGAAUUGUCAUUAAUUUCAUCUCUAAAGGGCUGGUAAUGUGCUGGAACAACCACAUAGCAUGUGAUAAUUUCUGCCAGAACAUGAUCUGAACAGAAUCAUACCAGUGUUUCAUUUCAGCCCGUUUUUCAUAAAGGAUAUGUUGAUUUACACUGAUCAGAUCCCUAGAAAUCCAUUAAAAGCUUUUGGUUAAGACACACCAUGUGCACUCAAACAAAUAUUAGGGUAAAUGAACUGAGCAUGAUCUAAUCAUCUGCUGAAUAUAUGUAGUUAAUGAGCGGUUGCAUAUCAUAUAAUGGAGACCUAUAUCCUGGAGCAUGUGUACUAUUUUUGUCCAUGUGGCGAAACUUGAUUUAAGACUUGACAAAAGUGUGAGGCAUGACUUACAGUAUGUGCCUUGUGAUGACUCAUGUAGUAGAUGUAGUCCUCACUAACUGGUGGGAACUCAAGAAUGUUCUGCGGAUACUUUGUGGAGUCUUGCUGCUCCUCCCAUUUUACCCAUAAUGCUUCAGCUUCUCUACUGUGUGACCCCUAAGGAGACCCCGUAGAGCAGCUCUGCAGUGAAACUGCUAUACAGGCCUGGUUCCAUUCAGCAGUCCUCAGGUGGAGGAAAGAUAUGUUUCUCUUCUGUACGUCUCCAUCUCCCCUCCAAAGUAACUUGAGAAAUGCAUGAGAUUCAUCCAGCUCAGAUAACCGAAUACAGCCAUCUUUGUGUUUGCUGCAAAGGAAGUGACAGAGCGCCAUUUAGCAACUCCAUGCUGUUGGUCAGCAUUGCCCUAAUCUGUAACUGAGAGGGGUUUCUCUUUUGCCUUUGCUUAUCAUGCAAAUACGCUAACCUCGAUCUAUGUGUAUAUCUGUGUCUCUGUGAACAUACAUAUAUGCAGGAAUAUGUGUGUGCUCACAUAUGGUUCUAGAAAUGCCAUAGCACCUGAUUAUUAUUUUAAAGUUUUUUGUUAUGCAUGUGCGGAGUCUUUUUUCUUUCUUUCUUUCUUUUUUCUUUCUUUCUUUCAAGGUGCAAGGAAUUGCUGCUACUUGUUUAUUUAGGAGCAUUUUUUUUGUUCAUUAUGUACCAAUGAAGGAUAAUGCUUUCUGUUCUUUUUCCAAAUUGCUGCCAAAUGUUGUAAAUAGUGGGACAUUUGAAGACAAAUUUGAGAGUGCUAGCACAAAACUGGGGAUGGCUGCCAUGUUCUUGUCUGACACCAAAGAAUUGUUUAGAUAGCAUCUGAUUGUCAAACUUGUUGUGAUGCUUGAUACAGAGGAACUGAGAGAUUGGUGUCAUGACCUCCCCAGUAAUACUGUGAGCCACUCCUGUGCUUGCCGUGACAUUUGUGUAAAUACCUACCAAAAUGGCAAAUUUUCAGCGUUGAGCGAACUGAAAAUAAAUUCCGCUACUGUGCUUCAUAUUCCUUUUUUUUUUUCUUUUUUUCUUUUUUGUAUAAGCAGUUAUGUGGUUUUGCACUAUAUGUUUUGUAUUAUAAUGACAAGAAAGUCAUUUUAUUGAUAUUUUUGUAGUUUGUAUUGUAACUAUUUUUUUUGGCAUUUGUUUCUUUUAGAAGGACCAAAACAUGAGUGAGAAGAUGCUGAGAUUAUGUGUUGAUGGCAAGCUUAAAGGAGUGUCUUUUACUCUCAGAUCUGUCUUCAUUGUCAGUUUAAUGAUAUAAUAUAUUUAUAUAUUUGGAAAAUAUAUAUACUUUUAAUUUCAGAUAUUUACAAAUAAAUACUUUUAGUAUAUUAUUUAAAGAGAAUGGUGCAUUUUAAGAUAAUCGGUUGUAUAUAUUCUCCCUGCAUAUCAGAUAUCAAAUUGAAACACUUGAAGGUGAGACAACAGCUUGAUGAUCUGUAGAUGAAGGAGUUGCUUCAGCCUUGAAGCCCCAUGCGUCUGAGACUAUGGGCCAUUUCUGUAUACCGUGUGUCCUACAAGUUUUCUUGCACAAAAAAGCCAGCAUGAUACUUAGUGUUUACAAAUUUGAAACAUUCAUAAUGUAUACCCUUUAGAGAGGUCUAAUUUCUGAAUCAUGUUAGACAAAAACAGAUCCCAUGUAUUUUUCGUUUCUCGGUCAGGCAUGGAGGAACAUAUUUUAUGUGUGUUGUUACAUUUUGAAUUGUUCAACGUGAGCAUAAUCAGCCAAUACAGUACUCCUUAAAGCCCAUGCUCUUCUGUUUUCUGGGGAGAGGGUCUGUUUUCUUAAUUGCCAUGUUUGAAAGUUUCUGUGGGGUGCAGUUUUCCUCAUUAUAGCAAAUUUAUUGUACAGUUUUAUUAAGCAAAAUUUCACAUGGAUGUUUCUCUUAAUAUGCUGCCACCUACAGUCUAGGAAAUAUGUUGAUUAUACAUAACUGUGGAUUGGAAAAUAAAUGUAAAUCAAA